AUGGUAAACUUUCAGAAUCGUGUUCCUGUACAGUUUCUGUAUGCAUUAGCUCACCCUGGACAGCUCAUGCCAGGGAUCCUGGGUAGAAGAAAAUGUUCCUGGAAACCGUGGAUGGUUGCUCUUACUACCACGGCUGUUUCAUUGGCUUUAGCAAUAACCAUUGGACUCCUUGUUUACUUUUUGGUGUAUGAUGAGAAGACUUAUUACUACCAGGCCUCCUUCCGGAUUCCCAGCAUUACAUAUAGCUCAGAUUUAUCUAUAGAACAGUCAAGACUUCGGAUAGACCUGAAACAAAAACUCAGCAAUGAGAUAGAUGUGAUUUUUCACAGAUCCAGUUUAAAGCAUCAUUAUAUCAAAUCUCAGGUUGUCAACUUCAGGCCAAGUAAUGAUGGUUUGAAAGCAGACAUACUGAUUAAAUUUCAGUUUCCCCGUAACAGUGUGGGCACUUUGAAAAGACAAGCUGAUAGCAUUUUGCACAAGAAGUUGCAAUCCACCCAGAGCUUCAUGAAGAGAGACACUUCAUUACCUAAUCUUAGAGAAAUGAAUGCAGCACAAGCAGAGAAUAUUCUAAACAGUGAUUGUGGCUUGGGGAUGGAGUACCCACUUACAGCAAGAAUUGCUAAUGGCAAACCUGCAGACAAAGCUUCCUGGCCAUGGCAAAGCAGCCUGCAGGUGGAUGGUAUCCACCUCUGUGGUGCAUCCCUGAUUGGCUCCCAGUGGCUCCUGACCUCUGCUCACUGCUUUGAUACUUACAAAAACCCCAAACUGUGGACAGUCAGUUUUGGGACAACCCUAAGCCAUCCACUGACGACAAGAAAGGUAGCGUCCAUCAUUAUUCAUGAGAACUACGCAGCUCACAAGCACGACGAUGAUAUUGCUGUGGUCAAGCUCUCCAGCCCCGUCCUGUUUUCUGAAAACCUGCGCAGAGUCUGUCUCCCUGAUGCUACCUUUCAAGUCUUGCCGAAGAGUAAAGUGUUUGUCACUGGAUGGGGAGCUUUGAAAGCAAAUGGUCCCUUUCCCAAUUCUCUCCAAGAGGUUGAAAUAGAGAUCAUAAGUAAUGAUGUAUGUAACCAAGUGAAUGUGUAUGGUGGAGCUAUAUCAUCAGGAAUGAUAUGUGCUGGGUUCUUGACAGGAAAACUGGACGCCUGUGAGGGUGAUUCUGGAGGGCCCCUGGUCAUUCCACACGAUGGAAAUAUCUGGUAUCUUCUUGGCAUUGUUAGCUGGGGAAUUGACUGUGGAAAAGAAAACAAGCCCGGAAUUUACACGAGAGUGACUCAUUAUCGGAACUGGAUUAAAUCGAAAACUAACAUCUAA